AGCCGCCAGGCCCAUGCUGUGAGGCCCGGAGGCGCCCCGCCGCCACCAGCAUGCCUUGGGACGCAAGGCGGCCCGGGGGCGGCGCGGACGGCGGGCCCGAGGGCGCGGGCGCGGCGCGCUCCCGGGCGCAGAAGCAGUGUCGCAAGUCGUCGUUCGCCUUCUACCAGGCCGUUCGCGACCUGCUGCCCGUGUGGCUGCUCGAGGACAUGCGCGCCAGCGAGGCCUUCCAUUGGGACGAGCGCGGCCGCGCCGCCGCCUACUCGCCCUCCGAGGCGCUUCUCUACGCGCUCGUGCACGACCACCAGGCGUACGCGCACUACCUGCUGGCCACGUUCCCGCGCCGCGCGCUCGCGCCGCCCAGCGCCGGCUUCCGCUGCUGCGCCGCGCCCGGACCGCACGUGGCGCUGGCCGUGCGCUACAACCGCGUGGGCAUCCUGCGCCGCAUCCUGCGCACCGUGCGCGACUUCCCGCCCGAGGAGCGCGCGCGCGUGCUCGACCGGCGCGGCUGCAGCCGCGUGGAGGGCGGUGGCACGGCGCUGCACGUGGCCUGCGAGCUGGCGCGCCCCGAGUGCCUCUUCCUGCUGCUCGGCCACGGCGCGUCGCCCGGCCUGCACGACGGCGGCGGCCUGACGCCGCUGGAGCUGCUGCUGCGCCAGCUGGGCCGCGACGCCGGGGCCACCAACCACGCCUCCGGGGCGCCCACCGCUCCUGGGGAGCCACGCCAGCGCCGCCUGCUGCUGCUCGACCUGCUGGCGCUGUACGCGCCCACCGGCGCCGCCGGUCCCGCCCGCCGAGAGCUGCUGGGCGACCGGCCGCGCUGGCAGCGGCUGCUGGGCGAGGACAAGUUCCAGUGGCUGGCGGGCCUGGCGCCGCCCUCGCUCUUCGUGCGCGCUAUGCAGGUGCUGGUCACCGCCAUCUCGCCCGGACGCUUCCCCGAGGCCCUGGACGAGCUGCCGCUGCCGCCCUUCCUGCAGCCGCUGGACCUCUCGGGCAACGGCUAGACCCUGGGGGGGGGGUCCCCCUGGGCGCUGGAUUUUUGGAAAAUCUAUUUUUCAGAGCGUUGUACCCAGCACUUUACAUAUAUUGAUCUCUGUACGGG